GAAAACAAUAUGGCUGCUCCAUAGCGACGGGGUACGCGCCAGCAAGGGAAAAAAUCAUAAUAGUUCAUACUGCAACAUGAGUCAUGGAUUACAUUUCAGCACCAACAUGAUCAAAUGGGGAAGAAGAGAAACGAUGUCAUUGAUAGCCAUACGUUUGCCCCUCAGAUAAGUGAAGCAAGCAAACGUAUUGCAGCUCGACGCUUGCAAAAUUUAGAUGGAGGGGUGCCACAUUUUAUGUUGAAUAUCAAGUGCAGAGAGCCGCUUGCACCCAUCCCCCUUAAUCCGGACAAGCAGAAGAUACCAACGGUUUCUGAGGAAAUCAUCGAACCUGACCUUGAAUCAAAGGAGGAAUCGCAUUUAGAUACCACUUUAAACACUCCAAAAUUAUCAGAGAACAACAUCAAAUUUCCGAAAGAUAAAAAGGGCGGGUAUGCUCUUCGUACCGGGAUCAUGGCCGCUAAAGCUAAUGUUUUACUAGAUGACAGCAUCUUUACAUUCCGCCCAAAAGUCAGUAGUGCUAGCGUCAAAAUAGUAGAAAGUCUUGGUACAGAUUUUAUGUCCAGACAGCAACAACAUUUGGAAAGACAAAAAAGACAUAUUGAGCAAGCUCCUAUCCACUUUUCCAGUCAUUCUGGACGUCUUUCACCUGUUUUGGCUAAAGCUGGGAAAAAAUCAUCAAAAUCAAAAGAGGGUGAGGAUGUAGAUGGGUUGAAAUCAACGUCGGAGACAAACAUCGAGUCCGACCAGGAUAAAACCGAGUUAACUGCGGAGGAGUUGGAGGAAGGAGCUGACACCAUGCCGUCCCCCUUAUCCCUGUCUCGCACUAAAACAAGCGUCUCUCCUGGGCUACAGAGGCUGCUUGAUGGUCCCUAUGCCAAUGGAAACCCUGAUAUGGUGUUGAAGCGACAGAAACAGAAAAUGGGAAGUCAUGUGACAAAGUCAAAGCCUGCAGGAGAUGCUAGUCUGGACGACACAGCUGGUGACCUGCCCACAUCAAUGUCUAGAAGCAAAACCAUGCCGACCCUCAGCCGUCCGAAGAUCUCCCGUAAGAUGCCUGCCAACAACAACCCAUCAGGUGUUAUAAGUACAGAUCGGCUAAAACAUGCCAAGGAAACAGCAGAGCGGGCAAUCAAGCAACGAAAGGUCUUCACAAUCCAAGGAGGAUACUCCGGGGUGAGGCAGAGUUUACGUCAGAGAGGCUGGGUGGAAAAGUUCUACAGAAUUCAAGGACCUCCUAAGAAAACUCGGCGGAAACGCAGAAAAACUGCGGAUGGCGACGAUGAUUCAGAUGAUGAUGAUGAUGAUGACGACGAUGAUGAUGACGAUGAUGAUACGGAUAGCGACAAUGACCAGCCAAAGAUAGCUCCAUGGGAUGAGGAUGACGGAAUCUAUGGCAUCAUGUCACGUAUCGUUCGCAAUAUCAACCCCACUUUCAUCUGGGUGUUGAAGAGAGACAUUGUCGACUACAGGUUUCUUACGAGAGAUCAGAUGGUAAACCACUUCUGUAAAGCUGGUUCAUUUACAACAAAGGUUGGUUUGACCGUCAAUAUGAGAAAUGUGCCAUGGUUUGACAACUCUGAUCCUGGAGGAUUUUUCCCGCGAUGUUUUCGUCUUAGUCAUGAGGAAGAAAAAGUUGCUUUUAUAGAGGACUACCGCCAGACGGCCUGUAUGAAUGUGCUGAAAGCUGUCAGUGCCCAUUACAUGGAGGCUGGGCUGUCAGAGACGGGGGAGGAGGAAGAGAAACGGGAUGUCGGUAGCGAGAAGGAAAACGCGACACCCUUCAUCUGUACAGACCCUGAAUGCACACGUUCACGCCCAGGAACCAGUUCCGGCAAUCUGUGCGUCCAUGCUUUAGAAAAACAGAAACUUCUGGAAAGGGAGAAAUCUGAGCUCAAAGACAAAGUGCCAAAUCUACCCAAAGUGUCAACGUCCAGAUCGGACAAGUCCACCUCAGCGUUUAAAAAGAUUAUGAAGAAGAAGAAACGUGUGAUGGUGCCCCUACAGUGCCUGGAACGUGCAAUACAGCAAUGUGAACGCUAUCUUGAAGAGAAAGAGCAUGAAGACAUUGAUGUCAUGUCAUCGACUAAUGAUUUGACACAAGCUCAGUGGGAUGAGUUCAUGGUGUGGUACUACCAGCUGUGCCAUGAUGGAGGGGUGAUCUCUGGCGUCCCAGAGAACAUGCUUACAGAGGUGGAGAACCUCACCAACCGUCUCAAGUCCAAACACACACAGUAUGAACUAGAUGGAAUGAGGAAUGUAUGGAUUGUAAAACCUGGUGCCAAGUCACGAGGCAGAGGAAUCGUGUGUUAUGAUAAAUUGGAAGAUAUGCUGAAACUAGUCAACAGCCAGGUGGUGAGAAAGGACAACAAAUACGUGGUUCAGAAAUACAUAGAGCGCCCCCUGCUGAUCUACAACUGUAAGUUUGACAUCCGUCAGUGGUUCCUCGUGACGGAUUGGAACCCCCUCACACUCUGGUUCUAUCAAGAUAGCUACCUCCGAUUCUGUUCCCAGGAGUACACACUGGACGACUUUGACGAGUCUAUUCACCUGUCUAACAAUGCCAUACAGAAAAACUACAAGAACGGCCAUCGUAACCCUAACCUACCCGCAGACAACAUGUGGACACAUGAACAGUUCAAGGAAUACAUCAAAUCUAAGAACAAGGGAAACCUAUUUGAUGACAUGAUCUACCCCGGGAUGAAGAAGGCCAUCAUCUGUGCACUGUUGUGUACACAGGACCUCAUCGAGUACAGAAAGUCGUCGUUCGAGUUAUAUGGUGCUGAUUUCAUGUUGACGGAUGAUUAUCGUCCAUGGCUGAUAGAGAUCAAUUCUAGUCCGAGUAUGGAGAACAGCACGGCAGUCACUUCUCGGCUGUGUAAUAAUGUACUGGAGGACACCCUCAAAGUUGUGAUAGAUCGAAAGUACGACAGGAACUGUGAUGUGGGUCGGUUUGAAUUGGCUUACAAACAGCCAGUAGUUACCGUUCCGCCCUAUAUCGGAAUCAGUUUGUGUGCGGAGGGCACCGGUGUUCGUAGGCCAGCAGGAUUUGUGAAACGCAACACUGCCGGUACUGAUAAUGGUGAAAGUCAACAGUACUUCUCCCCACGGAAAAAUCUAGGGAACCAAGACAACAUCAAGGACACUAAUAAUAAGAGUUUUACCUGUACAGGUGUCACUCGUCGGCCACGGAGUGAGAACAAUGAGAGCAUCACCCACAAAGCCGCGACAGUGAACUCUGCACCAGCCAAGGCGACAAAGUCAUCCAAUCAGGAGGCUUCUUCUGUUUACUAUCAUGCCUCACGCAAUCAGCGCAAGAACGUUAUGAAUGGUAACACUAAAAACUCUGUGACACUGUCUGCUAAUAUUAGAAAGUCACCCACUACCGGCAACAGUCAUGUUGUAUUGUCGAGUAGUAGUUCCAGCAACCACUCGGACUCGGACCGAUUCGGGGACCGGGCUGGGGACAGGGACGUCACGCGGGACGUGUCUGUGUUUAAUAAGGAGAACAAUCACCCACUGCAAGCAUCAUCGUUUCCCCGUCCGGAGAAAUCGUCUUCUCUACCGUCAACGAUGGGCAGUAACUACAUCACAGCCAUACCCGGCAAAAAGAUGGUGUCAAAGACAUCUGUGUCGAAUAAUUAUUCCAUUCCUGCGGACAAGUUGGAAAGACCCGUGCUCGUAGUCAACAAUGUGGAAUCUACAGAUCUGCAGACUAUCAAACCUUUGCCCUCGGCCUCGAACCCUUCUAACACAAAAGGUAUAAGUCCUUUAAUUGAUGGUGCCUGGGCUCGAACUUGUACCGAGUGUGGGAGCGGCAAUAAUGUUCGUCUUGAUUUCAACAAACCCCACUGUAAAUGUCGCCAAGACAGUGUGUGUAUUCCGCCAGGGUGUCAGCGUGCUCUUAGUGCUCGAGGUUUCUUCCCGCGCCCGCGUAGUAGCUACGGAUCUCCUAGACCCCCGAGUGCUUGCUCGAAUACAGUGAAUGCAAAGAGUAGUGGUUCUUCCACAAGCUUGGCCAUAGUUGCUACCGCUGCAAAGACAAACAGCAAAAUACUCCUCAAAUUUUCUGAUGGAGGAAUUCAGAGGCCUGUGUCACCAGUGAACUCUCAGCCCAACCCUCUACCUAAAAUUGUCCGACGUUACAUUGGGCGUAGGGUAGCUCAGUGUCACGAAAUUCCCUCGAGUGCCAAUCACAUGUCUGCUGUGUUUUUGGACACUACUCAGUUACAUAAUCCGCUUUCUAUAGUGUCCCACGGUGUGUACAACACAUCGAGGUAGUCCAAACAGUCAUCAAUUAUAUAUACAUAUAAUAGGAUGUUUAUUUUUCGUUAAAAAAUAUAUUUUGCACAGUUUUUUAGUAGGUAAAGAAAACCACAUAAAUAACUAAUAACUAAUCUCUCUUCAUUAAUUUGCACCAAGCUACUAAAAUCAUUCAUCUCCAUUGCCACACUUAAAAUGUCAUAUGAUAAUAUAUGGAAGAUGCUAGUUAAAAAAAACAGUAGAAAAAUUCCAAAUUGUUUACUUAGAAAAUAACGCUAUUUGAUUUAUAUAUUGCAUUUAAAGUAAAGAGAAAUGCCAAGAAAAUACACGUCAUGGAUAAUGAUAACAAAAAAGUUAUUAGUACCACUUCCCAAAGUGUAACCAAACUAUUAUUAACUACACCAGCAACGUGCACUUUCAUACAUAGUAGCAUAUACGACUGUCCCCUGUUAUUGUAAUAUUAACUACAGCGACAUUUAAUUUAGUAACAACAUUUUUAUCUGGAUUUGUAUUUGUAAUGCUGUCUUUUUUAACCAUUUCGUUUGCCACGAAAAGCUACAUUUUAAAGAUAUCGUCUAAAGUUCGUUGAAUUUUGAAAUGUGAUCUCGCUAAAAAGGUGAUUCCUCUAGACUAUAGUUUUGUCAUACGCCUGUAUUUAUUGUUUUUCAAUAUUUGUAGUAAUAUAUAUAAGAAAUUUAGGAUAUUGACAAAUGUCAGUCUUGCAUUCAUGGCAGAAUUUGACACAAAAAAAUAGAGAAAAAACGUUGCUCAAUAUUGAGUAGGUGAAGCAGUGUUGUUUGUGUGUAAGAUGUCUUUUACUUUAGCAUAGGAAUACUAAAUCAAUCGUUUCAGGGUAAAGGAAAAUGUUGCUAUGCAUUAAUUUAGAAAUGAAACCUACACACUCUUAUUUGUAUUAAGUUGUGCCAAAUAUCAUUUCAAUAAUUAUAAAUGUUCAAAUUGUUUGUGUUGAAGAAUUAUUUUUCGCCAGUGCAUUACAAAGUAAUUUAAUUUGUUCUUCCUUUUGUAUUGAGAUGUUUUUGUUGUAUAGUUUUACACAUCAUACCAAGUUUGUUCCAUCAUUGUUUAUGUCUUGUUUACAUUUAAAUUAAUCCAUAUUAUAAUCAAGGUGGGCUUUUUUUUACAAUCAUGCAUAUUAUUAAGAAGUAUUCACAUGCCUUAAACGGCGGUUGUUGAUGUGUUACCGUAGUCUACGAUUGAUUUCGUCAUAUAUCUCCGUCACAGUUUGAAUGAUUCAUAAUCAUUAUUAUAUUGUUCUAAAGUUGAAAGAGAUACAAUGUAUGAAAGAAUUAUAACGGAUUAGCAUUAGCGGUUGUUAGGAGUUAGUUGCUUCUAUUCAGCAGAUGCCAGUAUUUCCAUAAGUAAUAUCUUAAAUUGUAAAAUGAACGUGUAUAUCAAAAUGGCUGACAAACUUUUAGUAUAUAAAGUGAAUUUUCACAAACGUUUGCCAAAAGAAUGAAUACAUGAUGAAACAAAGAUCAUUUCCUGGAGAUAAAUAACAAGAAUGUCAUUUUAAACAAGUCACAAAUACAUCGAAGUUAUUUAAUUACAUUCAUUACUAUCUCCAUCAUCAUAUUCGAAAAUCUGCAAAAGUUUUAAACGAUUGUCAAAUAAGUGCUUCAGUCAUUUCCAGUGCUUUACCUAUUAAGUUAAUUUAGUUUAUCCUGUGCUGUACACCUGUCAGCAUCUGAACGCAUCUGAACGCUAUUGAUAUCUAGAACUCUGAUAAUGUCAAGGGGAAGCUCAGACAAAUAACGGCAUUGCCUUGCAUUUAGUGUGAACGAGUUUGAAUUAUAUGUGUUUUGUAAGCUUUGUCUUUAAAUGAUUACAAACUGAUUGAAUUGAUAAAUGUCAUUCCAAUCGGAACUAUUUAUUGUCUUGGUUAUCCAUUGUUGUCCAUUGUUAAGUUUUCUGUGUAAUUAUGUUUCCUCAAUGUAUAGAGAAACAGGAACGUUUUGACUGAAUAAGGUUAAUUUUAUAUCACUGUUUCUACUUUUUUUUUUUACACAUUUGUCAUGUGUUUGGGAACAAAUAUCUAAACGAUUAUGUAUAAAAAAAGGUGUAUUGGUCUUCAUGGUCUAAAUUUAAUACCUUGAAUAUUGUAAAAAGGGCUGGGUUUUUGGCCCUUCUUUUUGCAUCUCGAGAAAAGCCUCUGUGAUAUGUUUAUAGUGAUAUCCUUGUUUUGUAUAAACCGUAUUUUAUUUUAGUGAAUUACAAUAUAUUUAUAGAUAUAUUUAUGUAUAAUUUUAAAUAAAGAUUUAUUUAUCAUUUGUAUUAACUGCUGAACUUCAGUUUUUAUGUCAAUAAACACGUUUA